UUGCUCAACAAACUUUAACUAAGAAAGAUGGAAAAAAUUCUCGUGCUUUUUUGUUCCUUUGUGCUUAUUUCUUCUGUAAUUAGUGGUGAUCGAUACCAUCCAAGGAAGACAGCAGAAGAUAUUGAAGGACAAUGGAGGCCUGGAUCUGAUCCACAAGGAAUAAAUCUCGAUGGAUAUACGGAAUUUUGGAUGAAGCAUGGACAAGAUUAUAUAAAUUCACAAAUCAACAAAAAGAGAAAUAAUGGAAAAGCUAAAAACAUCAUUAUGUUCUUGGGUGAUGGAUUGACACUCACAACAACAGCAGCAACUAGAAAGUAUCUUGGUGGAGAAGAAGUUCAGCUGUCUUAUGAACAAUUGCCUUAUUAUGGCUUAGUAAAGACUUAUUGUGUUGAUAGACAGGUUCCUGACUCUGCUUGUACCGCAAACGCUUUUCUUCAUGGAGUUAAAAACAAUUAUCAAGGACUCGGUAUAUCUGCAAAUGUUCCGAGAGCAAACUGUGAUUUUGAGGAUUCAGAUAUUACAUACUCAAUAGCUAAGUGGGCUCAGGACGCAGGUAUGGCAACUGGAAUUGUCACAACAACUAGAAUCACGCAUGCGACACCAGCCAGUGCUUAUGCUCACGUUCCACACCGAUCUUGGGAAAAUAACGCAGAUAUGGCAGCAAGAUGUGGCACAAAAACCCGUCGUACAGUCGACAUUGCCGAACAGCUCGUCUACAAUGAAGAAGCCCAAAAGUUUAAAGUCAUCCUUGGUUGUGGUCGACGCAAUUUCAUCAAUGCAACAGUCCGUGAUGAGGAAAAUGUUUUAGGUCGUCGAACUGAUGGACGUAAUUUGAUUGAAGAAUGGAUUCAGGAAAGAAAUCAAGCUGGAAAGGCUGAAUAUGUGUGGCACAGACAACAAUUAGAUGAGAUUGAUGUAGACAAGACUGAUUAUCUUUUGGGACUGUUCGAGAGCGAUCACUGCAUGUACAGAAAUGACAUUGUUGACAAUCGAUUGCUAAGACAGGAACCACUUUUAACAGACAUGACAAGGAAGGCGAUUGAAAUGCUGAAAAAGGAUGACAAUGGCUUCUUUUUAUUAGUUGAAGGUGGUCGCAUUGAUCAUGCACAUCAUGCAAAUCGAGCCAGACAGUCUUUGGAUGAAACUGCUGAAUUUGCAAGAGCAAUUGAACUAGCUAAGCUGCUUACAGACAGCAAUGAUACAAUGAUUGUCGUCACAUCUGAUCACAGUCAUGUCUUCACAUACUCUGGAUAUCCUUGGAGAUGGCAGGAUGUCUUAGGAAUCGCCAUGAGAGAUAGCAAUCGUGUGCCUUUUGAAACUUUAUCUUAUGCCAAUGGACCAUCGUAUGGCAACACAUUUGUGAACGGAGUUCGUCGAGAUAUCACAGAUGAUGACUUUACAGCAUCAAGGAGGACACAUCAGUCAAUGGUUCCACUUAGUUCUGAAACUCAUGCAGCUGAAGAUGUUGCAGUAUAUGCUGAUGGACCUUGGGCUCAUUUAUUGACUGGAAGUUAUGAACAGAGCAGCAUUCCGAUGGUUAUGGCUUAUUCAGCACAGAUUGGGCCUUUUUCUAAUAGAUUUCCUAUUGUUCCUGCUAAAUGAUUUGACAU